AUGUCUUUACAACACGAAAAGGUCACGAUUGCACCACUGGUCUUACUCUCUGCUUUAGACCAUUACGAGCGUACACAGACAAAAGAGAAGAAAAGAUGCGUAGGGGUCAUCCUGGGUGAUGCUAAUACUUCCACCAUUAGAGUCACCAAUUCUUUUGCUUUACCAUUCGAGGAAGACGAGAAGAAUCCUGACGUGUGGUUUUUAGAUCAUAAUUAUAUUGAAAACAUGAAUGAAAUGUGCAAAAAAAUCAAUGCCAAGGAAAAGUUAAUUGGCUGGUAUCAUAGCGGUCCUAAAUUAAGGGCCUCCGAUCUCAAAAUUAAUGAAUUGUUCAAGAAAUAUACCCAAAGUAAUCCAUUGUUAUUGAUUGUUGAUGUUAAACAGCAGGGUGUUGGCUUACCAACAGAUGCAUAUGUCGCCGUCGAACAAGUUAAGGAUGAUGGUACAUCAACGGAAAAGACAUUUUUACAUUUACCCUGUACCAUUGAGGCUGAAGAAGCUGAAGAAAUUGGUGUAGAACACUUAUUGAGGGAUGUGCGUGAUCAAGCAGCGGGUGGUUUGUCCAUCAGGUUAACCAACCAAUUAAAAUCUCUGAAAGGAUUACAAAGCAAAUUAAAGGAUAUUGUCGAAUAUUUAGACAAAGUCAUCAAUAAGGAAUUACCAAUAAACCAUACUAUAUUGGGCAAAUUGCAAGAUGUUUUUAAUCUCCUACCAAAUCUUGGGACACCCGAUGAGGGUGAAAUGAAUAUGCAGGACCAUGAUACGAUUAAGAUUUCAAACAACCUACAGAAGGCUUUAACUGUAAAAACUAACGACGAAUUAAUGAUCAUAUAUAUAAGCAAUUUAGUUAGAUCAAUUAUCGCGUUUGAUGAUCUAAUUGAAAAUAAAAUACAGAAUAAAAAAAUUCAAGACCAAAGAAUAAAGGAUAAACAGUCAAAAGAGUCUGACGACGUUGAGAGCGGUGAUAAAGAAGCAUCUGCAUCAUUGAUCCAACAGAAGAAUAAGAAAAAAUAA